AUUUAGUAUUCUUGUGUUUUUAGGACCUGUAAUAAUUGAUGUGAUCUUUACUAACCUGCAACCAAAAAAGGCGACACUUGAAGGAGUAAAGGGGAUUCGCAGUUCACCCACCCAACUGUAAUAAUAAUGUCUUAUGUCAGGUUAAAAUAGCCGAUACAGGGCAGUGUUUCUGCAACGUGUGUCCAUUUUGCACGUUUUAUCAUCGCAUAAGUACCAUUGCAGUGCCGUCGGAUUGAAAUUCAUAUUGGGAGGGGGGGGAGGGUGUGAGGGGGGCUGACCAUUGUUUUUCUUCUCGUUCAGUACACUGUUAUUAAAGAAAACAUACUACAGUUUGACAAAUAUUGGGGGGCUCAAUUCUAGCCUCAAAUGAAUGCCAUUAAUUUCAAGCACUGUAAGUUAGUUUUUAGCAAUCCUUUAAAAAAAUUACUUUUACUGAGAGUGACAUUCUUAGGUUAAUGAUAGUGUUGAUGAAAAGAACAUCGACCAAUAUACUCUUCUUCCUUUGGAAACUCUGCAGGUAAUUGACAGUAGUGUGCUAAAGGGCUUUGAGUAAAAAGGGUGAAACUAAAUCUAGGAUGAAAAUGCCAAUUUCCAAUUUUAUCUACAAGAAUUACCUAUGGCCUCUCACUAAAUGCUGUGUUUAUUUUCACAGGACAUUAGCCUUUCUAUCUAUUUAUUUUAAUAUUGAGUAGAUACCCACUUUAUGGGAACAUUUGUCUUUCAUAUCUAUUUAUUUAAAAAGACAAUAAAUACACACAUUGCAGGGACAUCAGCCUUUCUCACUAUCUUUUGAAAUAUCACGUUUUUAUCUAUUUAUUGUUACAUAUAGUAAAUACACACUUUAAGGAGAUCUUUUUAUCUAUUCUUUUGAAUAUAAAUUACACACACACUUAACCUGGAACAAGAUAUUUCAACGGUUUAUUUGCAUAAAGCAUAAUGUCACGUAUUUGUUUGUAUUAAUUGUCAUCUUUAUAUAUCAUUUUUAGGGGGGUUCUUACUCACUGGGGUUAUAUGUAUGUUAUAUUGAUCUAUUAAAUAAAGAGCAAAUAUUUCAUUCACAGGAAAACUUUGCUAUUUGUGCCGUUGUUGGCAGUCUAAAGGAAAUAGUUAUCACCGGCGCUCAUUAAAUGAUAAUUUUAGCUAUUUGGCAAAAAUAGAGUUAUAAAUAUCGAGUUUUUUAUACUAUCAUCUGCAUCUCUGACAAGGAAUUGAGAUUGAGGGUAGAAUAUGAUUGUAUGAGGCUUUAGAAUGACAUGAAUUUUCGUGGAAAGUGAAUUUUAUCAAAACGCAUUGUGAGGGUUUUGCGUUUGCUAGCAAUAAUAGCUCUUGUAAUUCAUUUAUUUUAGAAAGGAGAACAAGUGAUGAGGGAAUUUAAUUAAAUUACAAGAUAUCUCAUAUCAUUACUAAUUUUCAGAGUAUUGUUUUAUCAUUACAGGUUGAAGAAACUGGAUUCAAAAUAAUUGAAUUUGAAACUAUCGGAGAGCCUCUAGAAGAUGUGAGUAACUGCCAGACCUGUGUCCUUGUUACUGAACUAAGCUAUAUGUCUUUGCUGUUAAUAUAUUGAUUUAUCUUACCACUUUAUUGCACUAGACAUAAAAUAAGUCCACGUAACAACUCCAUUUGUAAAGAAAUUGAAUGGUUGUCUUGCUGUUUUGAACUGAUAUUAUUCUCUUUACACAAUAUGCAGAGUUUGCAUGAGCUGCUUUGCUUGGAAACGAAUCUAUAAGCAACUCGUGAAUUAAUUAUCUUUCACACGAUCCUCUCUUUUCUACGUAUAGAAAAUAUAGGUUGAUCUGUUCUGAUUUUAGAUGGAGGUAAAAGAUGAUUCAGGUUUGCAUGGAGAUUUCCCGAAGUUGAAAGUACUGAUGUUGAAGGAGAAGCCAAAGAGUCUAAUCUGAAUGUAAAUAAUGAAAUCUAGCAUUAUGUACUUCUUUUAUUUAUGAAUUUGAUAAAAAGUAGUAGCUUUAAAAUGAUGCUCAUUUUCGGAUAACAGAUAGCUUCAGUUGACAAGAAAUAUCGAAAUUUCAGAUUGUGUCUUUUUGCAACUUAUGGAUUCAAAUCUUACAUCAAAGGAAGAUCUGUGGAUUCCUGAGGAUUCAUUGGUAGCAAUGAUCCAACAUAUGACUAUUCAUCUACAGAAGAGGAGGCAGACUCGGAAGACACUGAAAGAUGGACUUUCACCACAAAAUAAUAAAGAUCUACCAAUGGAACAAGCAGAGGUCAGCAGUGAUGAAGAGAGUGAUGGUGAUAACCGUGGUGUUGGGGAGCACAUCGAUGCUGAUAUGGAAAGUGAGCCAGAAAAGGAGGAUGGGCAUGCAGGGAAAAGGCGAGUAGGCAAACGGAGUCGAUGGGGUAAAGAGGAAUCGUCUGUGGUGUUAAAGCAUUAUGCUGACAAGAUUAAGAAAGGCGUUUUGCCAGGAAAAUCGGACGCAACCCAACUUAUCGCAGAAAGUGCAGUCCUAAAGAAUCGGACAUGGCAAAAUGUUAAAGACUUUGUGCAAAAUCACAUAGCUAAGGCUAAACGACUUUCUUCAAAAUCUGUUAUUGGCAAUCUGUAA